AUGCCUCCCGACUGCCGCCUCGCCCGCCGCCUCGUCCGCGCCGCCGCCCCCCACCGCGGCACCUGCCCGCACGCACGCUGCCGCCCGCUGUCGACCCACCCCGCCCAGCGCCGUCAGGGUGUGCAGCGCGUCGGCAUGAUGCAGGCCUGGCUCGAUGCCUUCCCGCGCACCGUUGCUCCCAUCAUCGACGAGAUCGACGACACGCUCAACUUCCGCCUGUCGCGCCUCAUCUCCGACGGGCCCAAUGCCACUCUGACCGCCACCGAGAAUGCACAGCCCGCCAUCAUGGCCACUUCGGUGCUUAUCCUGCAUGUCCUGCAGGCCGAGUUCGGCUUCCAGCCCCAGCAUCGCGUCGACUUUACCCUGGGCCACUCGCUCGGUGAAUUUGCCGCCCUCGUUGCCGGCGGCUAUCUGUCCUUCACUGACGCCUUGCGCAUGGUGCGCCGCCGCGCCGAGGUCAUGGCUCGCUGCUCCAAGGAAGCCUCCGCUGCCAUUGGCGGCGGCGAGGUGGGAAUGGUUGCCAUCGUGUGCGAGAACGAGGAGCGCAUGCGCGCCCUCACCGACAUGGUCUACGACUUCCUCGGCAUGGGCUCUGACGGGUCCAAGACCGAUUCCGCCGAGGACGUUCCCGCCGUCGACAAGGUUCUGAUCGCCAACAUCAACAGCAAGAACCAGAUCGUGCUCAGCGGUAGCAUUGAGCGCAUCACAACCCUCCUGACUCACCUGCGGCAAUUCGGCGGUCACGAUCCGCGAGCCGUUCGUUUGAAAGCCGAUAGCCCGUUUCACUCGCCGCUGAUGAAGCCUGCCGAGGAGGAGAUGAAGCGCAUACUGGCCGGCCCAUCCGAAAGCGCUGGCGACCGGGACAUUGUGACCUGGCCCGGUCACAUGCCAUGCGUAUCAAACGUUACUGCUCGUCCUUUCAAAAGUCGCGCUGAAUUGAAGGAUCUGCUUGCACGACAAUGCGUCGAGACAGUUGAUUGGUGGGGUUCCGUCCGAUACUUGGAUAAGGAGGAAAAGGUGCGCAGAUGGCUGGGCAUCGGCCCUGGCAAAGUGGGCCGUAAUCUCGUCGGAAAAGGGAUUGAUGCACCAAGAGGCUUGUCGUCGGGAACGGUAAAGGGUGGUGGGGUCUGGGGCAUCGAUGAUCCACGUCACGUCGAAGAAAUUAUGAAGGCUCUAGACGAAACGGAACAGGCAUACGAGGACUGA